AUGUCAUCCACGACACCAGACGUUCCUGUACUAUUGCUCAAGACAAAGUCCAUCCCGGCCGAUGGAUAUCAGGAGAUCUUUGCUGGCUGGAACAAUUACCUACCGACAUUCCUACCUGUCCUAGAACACCGCUUCAGGGAAGAUGCCCUGACUUGGCUGAAGGAUGUCACUUCAGGCGGCGGCUUUGGUUUCAAUGAAACAGUCGAGGCCCCAGAUCGAUAUGGCGGCAUUAUCUUCACAUCGCAGCGUGCAGUCGAGGCCUUCACAUCUAUAGUGGAAUCCCUUGAUCCUCGCACUCGAAAUGAACUCUUACCCGAAGCUUUUCCAUUGUAUGUCGUUGGUCCAGCUACUGCUAGAGGGUUACGAUCAUUAGGUCUGAAAUGCCAAAUCAUCGGGGAAGAGACUGGCAAUGGCGCGGCCCUCUCUGCAUUCAUGCUGGACCAUUACAACCGCCUUCCCACAAGCCAGACGGUAAGACAGGAUCGCAAGCUUCCUCUUUUGUUCCUGGUAGGAGAGGUUCGUCGGGAUAUCAUUCCCAAGUCCCUGCAGUCCCCUGAUCUCUCCCAAGAAGCCCGCAUUGGUGUUCACGAGGUUGUCAUCUAUGAGACUUGCGAGAUGGCUUCUUUUCAUAUCGACUUCGCUCGUGCUCUCGAAGAAAACAUUGCAUCUGAGGCCAUGGAGCAGUGGGUAGUCGUGUUUUCGCCACAAGGAUGCAAAGCAAUGCUCAACUGCUUAGGCUGGCUUGAUGAGACCGGCCGCUACAGGUCAGAAGUCCCAGAAGCGUCACCACUCACAACAUUCAUCGCAACCAUCGGUCCUACAACACGCGACUAUUUGGUCAGCGAGUUCGGAUUCGAGCCACAUGUCUCUGCUGAGAAGCCCAGUCCCGAGGGCAUCUAUGCUGCCAUUGAGAAUUACAGGAACACGAACUCCGAGACGCAACUGUAA